AUGGCCUCCAACAAUGACGCUCCCACCCGCGUGCUGAUGGUGUCCUUCCCUGCCCAAGGACACAUAAACCCUUUGCUCAGGCUCGGUAAACACCUUGCGGCCAAGGGUCUCUCCGUCACCUUCUCCACCACUGAGAGCAUCGGCAAGGACAUCCGCGCUGCCACCUCCGCGAAUAACGCACUUCACUGGCGCAUCGGCGCCGGCUCCCUCACAUUCGAGUUCUUCGAAGACGGGCUGUCGGACGACGACCCCAUGCGGAAAAACCUCCUCGACUACACUGUACAGCUCGAACGUGUCGGCAGAAAAGUCAUUUCCCACAUGAUUAAGAAACACGCUGAGUCAAAUGGUCUCUUUUCGUGCAUCAUCAACAACCCUUUUGUGCCGUGGGUCUGUGACGUGGCCACAGAACUCGGCAUCCCUUGUGCCUUGCUUUGGAUUCAAUCUGUCGCUGUGUUCACCGCUUAUUAUCACUACUUCAAUAAAUCGUUGCCUUUCCCCACUGAAACUGACCUUUACCUUGACGUUCCUUUGCCUAACGUUGUCCUUAAGCAUGACGAGAUUCCCGAUUUUCUCCACCCCUUUAGUCCCUUUCCCUUCUUGGGGAAGCUCAUAUUGGAGCAGUUCAAGAACUUGUCCAAACCGUUUUGCAUUUUGGUGGACUCGUUUGAGGAGCUAGAGUUUGAUUGUGUUAAGUAUUUGUCAAAGCAUCUCCUUGUUAGACCCGUUGGGCCUUUGGUAAAAGACCCAACUCAUGGAAAUGGUGUUAUUCGUGGUGAUAUGGUGAAAGUCGAUGACUGCAUGGGUUGGUUGAGUUCAAAGGCUCCUUCUUCGGUGGUGUAUAUUUCAUUUGGAAGUGUUGUGUACCUGCCUCAGGAACAGAUUGAUGAAAUAGCCCGCGGCCUUUUGAUGUCAAAAGUCUCGUUCUUGUGGGUGUUGAAACCGCCUCGUAGAAACUUGGGACUCGAGCCACAUGUCCUCCCCGAAGGGUUCUUGAAGCAAACUAGCGAGGGAGGGAAAGUAGUUCAAUGGAGUCCACAAGAAGAAGUUCUGGCGCACCCUUCCGUGGCGUGUUUUCUCACUCACUGCGGGUGGAACUCGUCGAUGGAAGCUCUCACUUUUGGAGUGCCCGUCAUCACGUUUCCUGCGUGGGGUGACCAAGUCACUAAUGCCAAGUUUUUGGUAGAUGUUUUUGGUGUAGGGGUUCGGUUGGGACAUCGACAAGCCGAGAACAAAGUGGUAACGGGACAUGAGGUGGAGAACUGCUUACUAAAAGCCAUGGUGGGAGAUACGGCUGAGGUGUUGAAGCGAAACGCGUUGAAGUGGAAGGACGCAGCGGACACCGCCACCGCCCACGGUGGCUCCUCCUACCGGAACCUUGAUGCCUUUGUAGCCGAUAUUAAAACAAGAAGCAUGGGCAAGUUCUUUUGCUGA